GGCUGCGGGCGCUGCUCGAGUCUCCAGCAGCCCGAGACGGCGGCGCGAUGGAGGGGCUGGAAGAAAAUGGAAGUGUCCAGGUUGGAGAAUUGUUACCUUGCAAGAUUUGUGGAAGAACAUUCUUUCCAGUGGCAUUAAAAAAGCAUGGACCCAUUUGCCAGAAAACUGCCACUAAAAAACGCAAAACUUUUGAUUCAAGCAGACAAAGAGCUGAAGGAACUGAUAUUCCAACAGUUAAACCUCUUAAACCAAGGCCUGAACCACCAAAGAAACCAUCUAAUUGGAGAAGAAAACAUGAAGAAUUUAUUGCCACUAUAAGAGCAGCCAAAGGUCUCGAUCAAGCUCUUAAAGAGGGUGGCAAACUUCCUCCUCCUCCUCCACCUUCUUAUGAUCCAGAUUAUAUCCAGUGUCCAUAUUGCCAGAGGAGAUUCAAUGAAAAUGCAGCUGAUAGGCAUAUCAAUUUCUGUAAAGAACAGGCAGCACGCAUUAGUAAUAAAGGCAAAUUCUCUACUGAUAGCAAAGGGAAAACACCGUCUCGGAGCCAGUAUAAGCCGCCUGCACUUAAAAAGUCUAACUCUCCUGGAACUGCACCAUCAGGAUCGUCACGAUUACCACAGCCAAGUGCUACUAGCAAAACUGUUGUAGGUGUGACUUCAGGUAAAGUGUCUUCCGUUAGCAGCUCUGUGGGAAAUAAACUUCAGACCUUAUCUCCUUCCCAUAAAGGGAUAGCAGCCCCUCAGGCAGGAACUAACAUCAAACCUCGAAAUUCCACACCGCCUAGUUUGGCACGAAAUCCUGCCUCGGGUGUACAAACAAGCAAAAGAAAAACAUAUGAGAGCUACACAUGCAGACCUGAUGGAGACUAUGUAGCAUCACUUAAUGGUGGAAAUAUUAAAGGCAUUGAAGGAAAUUCUGGACACUUGCCAAAAUUCUGCCAUGAGUGUGGGACUAAAUACCCUGUGGAAUGGGCAAAAUAUUGCUGUGAAUGUGGCAUUAGAAGAAUGGUCCUGUGAAAAGAAUCUCAAAAGGAAACGACCUAAAAUCAGAGUUGUAAGGCUGUUGCUAUUUGGACAGCUUUGGCACUUCAUCUAGUUAAUUUUAUGCUAAAAUUAUUCAAAUAAUUUUUCAGCAGUUUUUGAAGCAUAAUCUCUUGCUAUAUUAUAUGUAUAUAUGUGUAUAUAGUGUACAUAUACUGUAUGUAAUAAACACCUGAAACCCCAAAUUGUGCCAUUGGAGAAAAUUGUCACAAGACAGGAGAUAAUUUCAAGUGUAAUCAUUAACUUGGCUAUUAUUUUUCUGUUACUGUUGUUAAAGCACAUUAAGUAUGCCUUCACAAACCCCCGAACUCUUGUGCUCAGCCCUUCAAGCUUUCUUUUUAAAUCAUUACAUUGAAUAAACAGGAUGAACAUUCUCUUAGUGUCUAUUCAGAAAGUAUCAUAGUAGGAUGGGAUGCUUGGAAUUUUGAAAUGGAAGAGAAUAUUUUUGUUACACCUAGUUAUGUGAGGUCAUUCUCCUGUAGAGCUCUUCCAGAGUUAAAUUUAUAAAUACUCUCUAAAAAGGAAAAAAAAAUAGCCCUGAAGUUUAUGUUUGCUUUAUUUGUAUUGUUAUAUGUGAUAUUAUCUAUGAUCUUCACUCAUUCUUUGAAAAUGUAAUUAUGCUAUUUCCUUUUAAGAGAUAAAAGACUAAAAAUACAACAGUUCCUUACUCUAUA